CGAUUGAAGAAAAAACACAAAAAAUUAAAGUUAAAAAAAUGGCGAUUGGUGUUGAGGAUGGGUUUCAAAUAGAUAAAAAUAUUAAAUAUGAAGAUCAUUAUGCUCUAGUUUUAUUACCUGAUUUUGAAACAAUUCAAAUAAAUAAUUUAUCAAUUCCUGCAAAAAUUUAUAACUCAAUACAAAGUAUUAUAAAAGCAGAGCCAGCAUUAAAGCUAACAGAAUCAGAAUUAAAAAAUUUUGAGUGGAAUGGGGAACAAAGACAAAAAACUAAACAUACUAAUCUUUUUCAAAUUUCUAAUCCUCCUAAGCCAUCACUCAACAAUUCCCAAUGUCAAAAAUGUGAUGUAAAAGAAAACUUGUGGUUUAACCUCUCAGAUGGUUCCAUAAUGUGUGGUAGAAAAAAUUUUGAUGGAACAGGAGGCAAUAAUCAUGCAGUUGAACAUUAUAUAUCUACUCACUAUCCAUUAGCUGUAAAAAUUGGAACUAUAACCGAAUCUGGGGCAGAUGUAUAUUCAUAUGAUGAGGAUGAUAUGGUUGAAGAUCCAAUGUUAGAAUCACAUUUGGCUCAUUUUGACAUCAACAUGAAUGAAUUACUUAAAACAGAAAAAACCCUCUCAGAACUUGAAAUUGAAAUGAAUGAAAAUUAUUUUGAAUGGAAUGCUAUCCAAGAGUUGUCAGGAAAUUUAAAGCCCAUAUAUGGUCCUGGUUUUACUGGUAUUUAUAAUCUGGGAAACACAUGCUAUAUAUCUUCAAUUAUGCAAAUGAUAUUUGCAUUGCCUUUAUUUAAGAGCUAUUUUUAUGACAAUUACAAACAUUUUAUGUUAGGUAGUCUCUCGGACACACUCCACAACUUUGAUGCCCAAACAGCAAAACUUGCUUAUGGUCUUCUCUCAGGUAAGUAUUCCAAAAAACCUAUCGCUAUUCCUUUUCCUCCCAACUUGGACAGCGAAAAUUAUCCAAAUUCGUCUAUGAUUUUCUAUCAAUCCACAUCUCUUUUGGGCAUCAAGCCUCGCGCUUUUAAUUUCAUAGUAAAACGUGGUCACACAGAGUUCGCUAAUAGUCGGCAACAAGAUGCCCACGAAUUUUUCCUGCACUUAAUGAAUCAAAUUUCGCGACACCAUUACGCUGAUAAGCAACUGAAGGGUGUCUUAGAGAGUCCUUCCAAAGGUUUCGAUUUUAUGCUUGAAGAAAAAUGGUGGGCUAGUGAUAAUCAUGAUUCAGCUCGUUUGAUAGAUAGGCGAGAAAAUUAUAUAUCCUUAGCUAUCCCCCCUACUACCAUCUGCCAACAAAAGGUCAGAAUUGAAUACAACAAUGAACACGAACUCGAUUUGAGAAAAGAGGGAGAUCCUGGAAACCUGCUAGAUAUUGGUGGCUCCAAACACCCUCAUAAAACACUCACUAAAAUCCCAUUUUCUUCACUUUUAGAACAUUAUUUUGCCGCCGAACAAGUUAACACUAAAGAUGGUGAGGUGCGUCCAAUCAAAACGGUAGGAUUCAAGACCUUUCCACAGUAUCUAUUAUUGCAUUUAAAAAAAUACACAUUUGAGCGCGAUGGUAAUUCUUGUUGGCAACCCAAAAAACUCGAGGUCAGCAUCGAAAACAUUCCGGAAAUUUUGGAUUUGGAGCGUUAUAAAGCCACGGGCUUGUUACCCAUGGAAAUUUUAAACCACGAGAAGGAAAUAGACAAUAAUAAGGAAGAAGAAAAUAUUCUAUUUAGCGAUAUGGUAACUCAGAAUAACCUUGUUGGGGACGAUUAUCAUGCUCAUCUCGAUUACAAUGUUAUAACACAUCAAUCCUGUUCUAACCCUGAAGCCCUCAUACUCAAAAACGAGAUAUCUAAGGAACUCCUAGCCAUGGGUUUCUCUGUCAUCGCCAUAAAUGCAGCGAUAGCUUCUCAAACCGAAUCCCCCGCCAUCACUAUCGAAGCGGUUCUUAACUCCCUAUUAACAUCCCAAUCAAAAUCCUCACCUGAAUAUUUCCAAACCUCUCGCUCUACCUUGGAACAUGUGAACGUUAUAACCGAUAUGGGGUUUAGCGUAGAGAGGGCGAAUACCGCUUUGGACCAGACCGAGAACGACCCCGAACGUGCUCUCGAUUGGCUAUUCAGCCACCCUGAAGAAACUGGGAUUCAAUCAGUCACCGUAAAGGACAAAAUUUUGAAUAAUUCCGGCAGACAUGUAUUCCAUGACCAUAUUCGUGUGCAGAUUGACCAAUCAGUUAAUAGCCUCCAAUCCGAUCAGUCAGAGCAAAGUGCUGAACAUAUAACGAAUCAUAUCCACCAUUUAGAUCCCGCCGAAAGUACCAUAUACCGAUUGGUCGGAUUUGUGAGUCAUGUUGGCAGUUCUUUGAAUUGUGGACACUACGUAUGCCACAUAAAGAAGGACGGAGACUGGGUCAUAUUCAACGAUUCUAAAGUUGCACUUUCCAAUAAUCCACCACUCAAUUUGGCGUACAUGUAUUUUUACGAAAGGGUACUACUAUAAGUUUAGUCAAUUGUCAUUCAUAUACUUCACACCUAUCGUUUUUUUAAAUAUUAACUUUUCGCCUACUUUAUUCUUUAAGAUUUCGAAUAAAUUUGGAAAGAUUUUAUUUUAUGAAGCUUAUACUAAUUUUAUCCAUGAAAGAAAAAUAUGAACGCGAUACCCGUUGUUUGAGCCUGAUUGAUAUGUCUUUUAUUAUUUAAAAUUGAAUAAAAAUGGCAUUAAACAUUAAUAAUCUCGUUUAAUAUCCUAUUUUUGGCUUAUAUUGAUAUUUUAUUAU